AUGUCAGUUUAUAAAUAUCAGACUCAAAAAAAGGAAAAAAAACCAUUAGAAGAGCUCUUAAAGCAUAGCACAGGUAUAAAGGAAGAUGGUUAUUGCAAAGGAUUUGUUGAAAAACUAAAUGAUUCAACAGGAUUUAAGAAAAUUCGCCAGAAAGUGCUUAUUUUAUCAUCUCGAGGGACAACUUUUAGACAACGUCAUCUUAUGAAAGAUCUUGCAGAUAUGUUGCCUCAUUCAAAAAAAGAUACAAAAUUUGAUAUGAAAUCGAAACUUUACCAUUUAAAUGAAGUGGCAGAGCUUUAUAAUUGUAACAAUAUAUUAUUUUUUGAAGCAAGAAAGCAUCAGGAUUUAUAUAUUUGGAUGGCCAAGGUUCCUAAUGGACCUACAAUUAAAUUUCAUGUACAAAAUGUACAUACAAUGGAUGAUCUUCAUCUUACGGGAAAUUGUUUGAAAGGAUCCCGUCCUAUUCUUUCAUUUGAUUCUAGUUUUGAUGCAGAGCCACACAUGCGACUUAUUAAGGAACUUUUUUCUCAUAUUUUUGGUGUUCCAAAAGGUGCACGAGGAAGUAAGCCAUUUAUUGAUCAUGUCGUUACAUUUUCUAUUGCAGAUAAUAAAAUAUGGUUUCGAAAUUAUCAGAUUGUUGAAAAAACAGAAGGAGGAAAAAAAAAUUUUCAGCCAGAUGUAGAUAUGUCACUUGUUGAAAUUGGCCCUCGGUUUGUAAUGACAGCUAUUUGUAUUUUAGAGGGUUCAUUUGGAGGUCCAGUUAUUUACGAAAAUAAAGAAUUUAUAUCUCCUUCAAGAAUACGAUCGCUUAUAAAAAGAGAAAAAUCUUCCAAAUAUAAGGAUCGUCAGGCUGCAAAUAUAAAAAAAUUUAUAAAGAAAAAAGAAUCAAUGCUUCCAAAAAAUCCUUUGAGCAACAGUAUUUUAUUCAAAGACUAG